CCCCAGCUCCAUCCGAUCCACACAAGAUAGUUACCGAUUAUCCUGACCUAUCGCUGGCCAUCAUUAGGGCAAAGUAUCACCCACUCAUCUAAAUCAUUGUAUGAAGAGCUGUGCCGAUGACGCUGAUUGACCGCAUGGAUAUCAACGCGAGGCAGGAGCCUCCGACAAGAUCGCCGACUGCCUCGGGAUCGCGCGAGGAGAUAUCAAUUCGCCGAUUAUUGACAAAUGACUCGGAUAUGCGCCCAUCCGGCGCCCAAGGUCCAAAUAGGAGCCCUCCUAGCAACAUAUAUCCGAGCCCGGAGAUUGGCAUCACACGUGCCCCGGAACCCCACCGCGACUUGGCACAGCGAGCUCCAAUGUCUUCUCGUGCUUUUGAGAAGUCCGCCGUGCGCGAAGUUCCGUCCUCCAGUGAGAUAGAGUACUGGAAACCGACGCAACCGGCUAGUAGCAGAAUAUGGAAGCGGGUAGUAGAUCCGCCUGCGCCUGACGUGAUUCGAUCUUCCCUUUCUUCGACGGUCCACUCACCCGUACUGUCGAUGCAUGACCCGUCAAGAUCUCCUGCUGUGUCUUCUCGCAUUGAGCCAACUUUGCCUGUCCUUCAAACUAACGGUGACAAGAACACGCCAACUCUUGAUCAAUUUAUCGGAGCACUUUACCGCUCUCAGGCUGCAAUUGAUGCAGAAAGGCUUGCCCCGCCAGCUCGGCGGCCGACGCCAGAGAUAAUCGAUCUGACGUCUAGUCCGGUUCUCAGUCAUGCAGGGAGCAAGGAACCGACUCCGCCGACAGUACCGGUUCCGAGACAAAUACCCCCGCCCACAAUGAUGUCUAUGCGCCCAACUCUGCCCGGACUUCUUUCGGCGGCUCAUAACCAGCAUCGCGAAGUCUUCCAUGGUGGCGCGUCGCAUGAACCGAGACCUUCGUCGGAUACCGCACUGUCGGAGGUCUGGACACUAAAACC